AUGAGCUUUGCGACUGCUAAAUUAUCAGAGCUCCCACUCAGAGGCCACUCCUCUUUCUUCCCAAAACCCUUCUGCUCCUCGUUGCGAACCAACAAGUACGUCAGAACCCAAAACCCGAAAUCGAGAAACUCCAAUUCCCCAAAUUCUACCUGGUUGUCCAAGUGGCCUCCGAAGGGGAAUUCGGUUAGGGGUACUCCCAAGAAAGAGGUAAGUCGGCCUGUUAAUGAGGAGAAGGCUCGGUAUUUGGCGAGGGAUAAAGGGGAUACUGCAAUUGAGAGAAUCGUACUUCGCUUGAGAAAUUUGGGUUUGGGCGCGGAAGACGAGCAAGGAGAAGAAGGGAGGGAGGAGACCGGGAUUCUGACCGCCGAGUUGCCGCCAGUUAAUGGGGAGGAGAGGCUGGCGGAUCUUUUGAAGCGGGAGUGGAUUAGGCCUGAUACUAUUUUGGACGAGGAUGAUGGUAGUGACGAUGAAAUGGCGUUGCCGUGGGAGAGAGAAGAGAAAGAGAGGGAGAUGCAGGGAAGAGAGGAAGAUGGAGGGAUGGAAAGGAAGAGGAGGCCAAAGGCUCCGACUUUGGCGGAAUUGACGAUUGAGGAUGAAGAAUUGAGAAGGCUGAGGAAGAUGGGAAUGACUUUGAGAGAGAGGAUCAAUGUGCCAAAAGCUGGGAUCACCCUGGAAGUUUUGGAGAAGAUUCAUGAUAAAUGGCGUAAAGCUGAGCUGGUUAGGCUCAAGUUCCACGAGUUUCUCGCCCAUGACAUGAAAACUGGCCACGAGAUUGUCGAGCGUCGCACUGGAGGGUUAGUUUUAUGGAGGGCAGGAAGUGUUAUGAUUGUUUACCGAGGCGGUAACUACCAAGGUCCGAAAUCUCCGGAAUCUGCUAGGCAAGAAGGGGAAUCGCCAUUCAUUCCAGAUGUGUCAUCUGCUGAUUCAUCCUCAUUCAAAAGUGAUGAGGCCGCAUUGCCAGAUUCAGAGAAGUCUGUACUACCAGUUGUGAGACUUCCACAACAGACCGAGACCUUGACCGAGCAGGAAAUUGAAUAUAACCAACUCUUGGAUGGAUUAGGGCCCCGUUAUGAGGCGUGGUGGGGCACUGGAGUGCUUCCUGUGGAUGCUGAUUUGCUUCCACCUAAAGUUCCUGGUUACAUGACGCCUUUUAGGUGUCUUCCUACUGGAAUGCGGCCUCGACUUACUAAUGCUGAGAUGACUAAUUUGAGGAAACUUGCUAAAUCACUUCCCUGCCAUUUUGCCCUUGGGAGGAACAGAAACCAUCAAGGGCUGGCAGUUGCUAUACUCAAACUUUGGGAGCAAAGCCUAAUUGUGAAAAUUGCCGUGAAGCGAGGGAUACAGAAUACGAAUAACAAGCUAAUGGCUGAGGAAAUAAACCAAUUAACAGGAGGUGUCUUGUUGCUCAGAAACAAAUAUUAUAUUGUCAUUUUCCGUGGGAAGGAUUUCCUGCCUGCAAGUGUAGCUGCACAAUUAGCUGAUAGGCAAGAAAUAACCAAACAAAUUCAAGACAACGAAGAGAAAUUAAGAAGCAACCUAGAGGUAGCAUCAUCAGGUAUAGAAGGUGAAGGAAAUGCACUUGCAGGGACCUUGGCAGAGUUUUAUGAAGCACAAGCACGAUGGGGAAGAGAUACAUCUGCAGAAGAACGUGAAAAGAUGGUUGAAGAAGCUGCCAAAGCUAAAACUGCUAGGCUCGUCAGAAAAAUCGAGCAUAAGCUAGCUAAAGCUAACAGCAAGAAGCUUAGAGCAGAGAAACUAUUAUCAAAGAUAGAGGCCUCGAUGGUUCCCGCUGAUCCAGAUUAUGACAGAGAAGCGAUCACUGAUGAGGAAAGGAUUGUGUUCCGGAAAAUUGGGUUGAGAAUGAAGCCAUACUUACCUAUGGGGAUCCGUGGUGUUUUUGAUGGAGUUAUUGAAAACAUGCAUUUGCAUUGGAAGUAUAGAGAGGUUGUGAAGCUAAUAACCAAACAAAAGACGAUGGCAUUUGUUGAAGAUACAGCUAGACUGCUGGAAUACGAGAGUGGUGGGAUACUGGUGGCAAUAGAAAGAGUACCAAAAGGUUAUGCUCUCAUUUACUACCGUGGGAAGAAUUACCGCCGUCCCAUUAGCUUGAGACCAAGAAAUCUUUUAACAAAAGCAAAGGCAUUGAAGCGUUUUGUAGCAAUGCAACGCCAUGAGGGUUUAUCUGAGGAUGAUAGUUCUGAUGAUUGGAGCUCAGGUGCAUCGCGAUUGGGAGAGAAUGAUGCUUCAUAUAUAGCAUCUGAUGAGGAUGGUAGCAAUAAUGACGAGGAAGAAGAGGAGGACCUUGAUUGGGAAGAUGAAGAUUUUGAGUCUUCGGACUCUGAGAAUAGUGACAUUCUUUUAACACAUAAUGUUUAACAAGCUCAUCAAAAUCUGUCUCUUAAGCAAGUGAAUGUGUCCUCCUUCCCAAUGUUCAUCUGCAUAUGCAGGAUUGAUAUACACAUUCUAAGCCUUCCAUGGACAGAGUUACUGAGAAGCAUAUUCUGGAAAUGAAGCUCCAGCUAUGGCAUAGCAAUGGAUUCUGGUGAAGUUCCUGUGAGUGGCGAAGGGAGUUGAUUGUUCGGACUUCUAACCUCGAGACAGAAUCUAGGAUGGAGAAGGUGGUGCUUGUAACAUAGCUAAGGCAAAUGGCCAUCGGACACUUCAGUUGCUGGGUUUAGUUUGUUUGGAAAUUUGUAUGGCAUAUGUUGUACAUACAAAACAAGAUACGGAGAAUAAGCAAAAUUUUGCAGCUUGUUAUGUGAUUUUGAGGGGUUCUGCUCAUGUAUUUGAUACUGUGAUGUCAUUCAUUUCCAGUUUCCUAUUGUAAAAUGUAAUUCAAUGUAAGGUUCAUCGAUAGUGUUAUGUUAGGGUUGUCCCA